AUGGGCUACCGUGUCGGCGGGCCCUGGGGAUGCUCCGGGCCCGAGGCGACCAAGAAAAUCCAGGUGAAUCGCCCAGAUGAGAAUCGAUUUGUCACAACUUAUAACAAAACAUUCUGCGUGUCAAAGUCCCCAUCGGUCACAAUUGUUAACCCUCCGAAGAAGAUGCUGAUGCCACAGUUGGGGAGCAACUCUGAGUAUGCUUCCUUCAAGGGCGCUCCCACCCCAGCGAAUACCAUCAACCCAAUUGCAAGCAUGACAAUGUCCAUGACGAAGUCUAUGACAAAGUCGAUCUCCAACAGUUCGCUACAACUUGCAGGUCGCACGCUUUCAACAGACGCGAGGCUGAACCCGGCGUACGAGGGGCUGCAGACUGGCACUCUGAUGCUGAAGACCUUCAAGAGCCGAGACAUGCGACGGAAGUGCCUUGAGCUACUAGCUCGGCCUGACCUGCGAGACAUUGCACAGGACCUGUUCAAACAGAGUGAUGCCGACAACAGCGGCGAAUUGGAUUUCAAUGAGGUCCAGAAUAUGCUGAACAGGCUGCAUGACGAGAUGGACCUGCCACAACCAAAUCGAGAUUUGGUAGAGUCGUUGCUCAAGCGUUUUGACACCACUGGCAAGAAGAUGUUGGGCAAAUAUGAUUUCUAUGAGUUGUUGGUGUCACAGCUGCGGCGAAGCGCCUUUGACCGUGGAUCUGUGCUGGGCAGAGAAUUCUUCCUGACAAAAGGUAAGCAGGACGUUUGGGAAGUGUAUCGGCGAGAGAAGCAGCUUGGGACUGGCUCCUUUGGCACAGCCUACAAGGCCAAGCACAUCAAGACAGCGGAGGAACGGGUGAUCAAGGCAGUGAAGAAGAGCCGCACUGCUCUGCCCCUGGACGAGAUCGAGCAGGAGAUUCUGAUCAUGAGGCAGAUUGACCACCCCAACAUCGUCCGCCUUUUCGAAUGGUACGAGGAUGGUAAUCGCAUCUAUUUGGUGCUGGACUACUUGAAAGGCGGUUCCCUGAAAGAUGUGGUCCUGCAGCUGAACAAGAAGGACGAGCGCGGACUCAAAGAAGCCUGGAUCCGAGAGGUUAUCCAGCAGUCUGCGGGCGGCCUGGCCUACUGCCACAACCUUCGCCUGAUCCACAAAGACUUGAAAGAUGAGAACAUCAUGUUGCUUCAGAAGGCGGCCAACUGGGAGAAGCCUCACGUCGUCAUCAUUGAUCUUGGGGUAGCGGAGAUGUUCUCUGUGGCAGACCCCGCGGGUCGGAUGAUUGGCGGAACGCCAGCAACCAUGGCACCGGAGGUGUGGAUGGGAACAUUUGGUCCCAAGUGCGAUGUGUGGUCUUUGGGGUGCAUCAUGUACGAGCUUUGUACUGGCUCCUUGCCCUUCAUGGCCACCACGCUCCAACCCAGCGCCUGGACGCGGCUUCACAAACGAGGGCCCAAGUGGGAUGAAAUGAAGACCUGCGCCGACAGCAAGGUGCUCUGCAAGGCCAUGCUUCAGUAUGACGAAGCUCAGAGACCUUCCAUGGCGCAAGUUCUCCAGUUUCCUUACUUCGGGAUAGCGUCUCACGAGCUGAAGUUCGUGCCACCAGAGAAGUUCGCCAGCUUUCUCAAUGCCCACAAGAUGCACCGGGCAAGGCAAGGGCUCCUGCUCGAGAUUGCGGCACGCUUGCCUUUUAGACGCGCCGGAGAAAUUAUCCGUAUGUUUUCUGAAGUGGAUGAAGACAAGACUGGUACAAUCACACUUGACGAGCUACUGGCAUACUUUACGAAAGUCGGGAUCCAUGACGAGGACUUGGAGAAGACAUUUGAGGCCUUGGACGUCGAUAAAGAUGGUCUUCUUUCCUUCAGCGAGUUUGCAGCAGGGGCGCUGCUUUUGUACCAAGACGCAUUGGAAGACGAGCUUCACAUGCUGUUUGAGACUUGCGACAAGGACAACGACGGCAUGCUCAACAGCCAGGAGGCUGAAACCUUCCUCAGUAGCGUUCGGGCAGCGACGGACCUGGGUGGCCGAGUGUCUUCAAGGACGGAGGCAGCGGCUGUUGGACGGAUGACAUACAUUGCACCAAAUAGUUUCUCCAGUUUCAAUUGCUUCUCCAGCUGCUAG